GUUUUGCUUAGGAACCCAACAGUGAAAAAUAUCUCGCUGUCUGCGGAUCGUUUUCGAGAUGGCAUUGACGCUCGUUCAAAACAGAUCACAGAAUGGGUUACAAAAGCAUCGGAAGAAGCGAGCAAUCCAGUUGCAUCGACCUCAUCAACCGCUGACACAAAUGAAAACCAAAAAGCUGAGAACAAAAAAGAUGAAAGUACGCAUACGAAAGCAAAGAAAGAAGACAAACCUGCAGAAACAUCGACAAUUUCCUAUUUUCUACGAAGCAAACAGCAGGAAGAGCAGAAUGAGGAAGUAGACGAAGAAAUACAAGUUAUCAGCGAAAAUGUGAAGAAAAAAAGACCCACUGCUAUUCUGCGUCCAAAGACAAUAGGUGCAAAACGUAAAACGAGGAAACCAACAGCUACAGGUUCACCAAAAAAGAAAAUUUCUGAAUUUUUCAAAAAACAGUAA